AACUCGGCCAUGGCGGACGAGCAGCCCGACAGCCUGGACGGCUGGGUGCCGGUGCGCGAGGGACUCUUUGCCGAGUCCGAGCGGCACCAGCUGCGCUUCCUGGUGGCCUGGAACGGCGCCGAGGGUCAGUUCGCCGUGACCUGCCACGACCGCGCGGCGCAGCGGCGGCGGGAAGGCGCGGGGGCCGCGUGCAGCUGGGCCGGCCUGCUCUCGGCCGCCGCGCUCCGCGGCGCGCACCGGCAGCUGACGGCGCUCUGGCCGCCGCUGGGGCGCUGCUUCCCGGAGCUGCCGGCCGAGCUGGACGCAGGCAGCGGCGGCUGGGGGCUGCCGCUCGGGCUGUGGGCGCGCGCGGGGCCCGACGACGCGGCGCUGCAGGCGGCGUGCGUGGCGCUGGAGCGCUACCUGGGCCAGGCUGCCGACGGCUGCGGCGGAGCGGCUGUGCGCGACGCGCUCUUCCCCGCGCCCGGGGAGCCCGACGACUGCGAGAGUCCGCGGGAGUUCCGGGAGCGCGCCCUGCGCGCGCGCAAAGACGAGGCGGGCGCGCGCCUGCGCCAGGUCUUGCAGCGACACGAGCAGACCAGCAACAUGGUGGCCCUGAUGAAGCUUUGUACGGAGGAAGAGGACGCCUACCAGGCGCUCAUCACUGCGGCCACCGCCUUCUUCCAGAACCUUCUGCAGCCCUUCAGGGACAUGCGUGAAGUUGCAACUUCAUGUAAGCUUGCUAUUUUGAAGUCACUGGAGGAGGAGGAGCUGGGUCCCCGCAGGGUGGGGCCCCUGCAGAGGGAAGCCCAGGAGUGGUCCCAGCGGGCCCAUGAGGCUGUUGCCUCCAUCCAGGACAUCACAGUGGAUUAUUUCACAGAAACAGUAAAUGCUCUAGCAGGAAUGCUGAAGCAGAUGGAGAGAGACAAGAAGAGAUUUGGCCAGGCUGCCUGGGCCACCGCCAUGCCCCGCUUAGAAAACCUCCAGCUGAGGUUAGCUCGGGAGACCCUGCAGCUCCUCAGGGCCAAAGAGCUGUGUUCACAUCGCAAAAGAGCAGAAAUUCAAGGAAAGAUGGAAGGUCUUCUAGAGCAAGAAGAAAAUAAGGAUGUUGUAGAUGAAUUAGAGCUCAAGUAUUACGAAGCUCAAUUAGAAUUAUAUGAAGUUAAAUUCGAGAUAUUAAAAUAUGAAGAAAUGCUGCUUAUUACACAGCUGGACUCUAUUAGAAGAUACAUGAAAGAUAAGCAGGAGGAGGUCAUCUACUAUGACUCCUGUGAGAGUCCCGAGGAGCUGAGGGUCAUGGAAGGCGCGGCAGGGCUGCAGGAUGAGGGCCACAGCGGGGAAUUGAAAGCACUGAGCCACCGCUGCCGGCAGCUGGAGAGUCGCCGAGGGGCCAUCUGCGCCCGGAGAGCCCAACUCAGGAACAGGAAGGAUCAGUGCAUUGAAAACCACCGACUCAGGCUGCAGCAGGCCACAGAGAGCACAAAGCGUCUGCACCAGCACCAUGGAGCUCAGAUGAAAAGAGACAAGAUAAAAGAGGAGGAGAAAAGGAGAAAAGAAUGGAUAGACCAAGAGCGGCGGAAAACACUACAGCGGCUGAGAGCAUUUAAGGAGAGACAUCCACGUCAGCCAACACCAAAGACCCCGCCCCCGGCUUCCCCUGAAGCCCCCUUUCGGGACGCGGAAGUGCCAAGCUUGGAGCUUCAAGGCUCUCUGGAAACUGUUCCCACCCCAGCACCUGUGCCUUUCAGUGACCAAAUGCAGUUCACACCCAGUGACAAGGUGUCACUGCCACGGGACCCGCCGCCCCCGCCACCCCCACCUCCCCUGCCUCCUGCACCGCCCUGCCCACCCCCAACUGCUGGGUCGCUGCGUCUGCAUGUCCAGGCCUCAGGGAACAACGACCGCGUGCGACCCCUGGUGUGCGAGUCACCUGCCCAGCCCCUCACUGUGCCACCGGCUGGUGCUGCAGGCCCAGGCUCCAUGGACACGGUGCUGGCCUCCCUGCGGCAGGACCGUGUCCCCCGCGCUGCCGUCGGGGAGGACAUUCUGACCGCCAUCCGGCGCGGGGUGCAGCUGCGGAGAGUGGCCCUGGAGCGGGCCCCGAGCCUCGGCGCGCCUGGCGCCAGCGACCUGGAGAGCAGCAUCCGCGCGGCCCUGCGGCGCAUCAAGAAGGCAUCAGCGGACUCAGAGGAGGACGAGGAGCAGGGCCCGGGCGAGUGGGAGCACUGAGGCCAGCGGGGCGCCAAAGGCGGGGUGUCAGAGUGGGCACAGCUGCAACCUAUCCCACAGCCAGCAUGAUCAGGGCCCGGCCCACAGAGAUGAGCCGCAAUAAAGGACGGAAGCGCACAGGUGCCUCCGACGACACGACACGGUGGCCCACCAUCCCUUCCUGCAGGUGUGGCAGGCGGGGCCGGGGGGUGGGGCGGGGGCCCUGCAAGCAGCCCCUCAGGAUGUCUUGAGAAUCACGUCCCCACCCCCAACUGAGUACGAUCUGAGUCGUGGAAUCUGGAUGGAUUCAAACAACUGGAAAUUCACGCAUGUUCGUGGGCAAGACAGGGCCGGCGGGGUGAGAGGUGAGGUGUCACAGCACAGGGAUGUCUGAGCUAUUCGGUGUCCCCAAGUCGAGGGUAGCUGCAGCCAACCAGAGGGCAGGACAGUAAUUCUUGACUUGCUCUAUGUGAGCGCCAGAACCUUUCAACACCCCACAAGAGAAGGGAGCCUGGGAAUGGGGCGGCCAGUGGUAGUACAGGGUUCUAUAUCCGGUGGGCGGCCAAAGAUGUGUGUGUGGGGGGAUCCCAACCCUGGGUUGCAACCUGCCCUUCAGAGCAGCAAAAAAAUUAACUGGGGUCCUUGGGGUCACAAGGGGCUUCUAGGAGAUUUUCAUGGAUUUAAAAACAGGCAUCUCACCAAACUCUGUUUUUACAUAACUGUUACAGCAAAAGCAGGGAACAUUCGGCCAAGGUUUGCAAGUCUUCGAUGGAAAUUAUAUUUCCCUCAAAUACAAGAUCAUCUGACAGACACAAAGGGACAUCAAACAGAAACACAAGACAAACAGCAGUGAGAAUAAACAUCACUUGUCAUUAAUGAAUCAAGUAAUAUCUAAAGCUACAGAUGUAAGGUCAAAUUAACAUCUAUGGACUAACUUUCUUUUAGAGAUUGUUUUCUGCUCCAGUUUCCUGAGGAUUUUACUCUAAUUAACAAUUGAUGAGUCCUGAGGAAACUUCUAUGAACUCUGAAUCACAGAAAGUGUAGACAGGCCGUACCUGCUCUGGCAAUGCAAAAUCAUUCACAGCAACUGCCAACGUUUCUAACAAACAACUUUGGAUAUUUGAAAAUAAGAUUUUAAACAAUUUCUCUGGUUAAAAAAGUCAACCUGAAACAAACUUACCUACUCCUGAGAAUGUUGCUGCCCCUGAGAACUGCCAGGCCCUUACCCCCCAGUGAGAAAUAGUGGAUGUUUCCAUUACAUGAUAGGAAGGGAAGCAGUUACAAGGAGGCAGAGAAACAUGAAACAGCAAUGUUAUCAUUUAAGCUGCAAGUUACAGAUCUGGAUCUUUGACAAGACCAAUGGACUAAUUCUAGAAAAACUAACCAGAAUGAGAAGGCAAAGUACAGACACAUGCUAUGGUGCAUAAGAAAAAGGAACCUUACCCUCCACACAGACACAUUUGACAAUCUGAAGAGAAAUCAUUAGCAAAAUUCAAACACUGAAAUUCACAGAAUAGGAAGGAGCUGUGGGACACAAUAGCAGAGAAAAUAUCUGAGGUUGGUCUCUGCUCCUAGACAGCUGCAACUGUCUCAGAUACUGUAGUAUCAGAUACUACAGUCAUGUAAACAAGCCUGAUCCAGAGUACUUUUCUCAUUUUAAAGCUCUUAUUUUAUAGAUAACACAUGAAUCUUGUAGAAAAACCCCAAACAUAGGAACACGACGAAAAUAUACUGUGAGUCACCCUCUGAUAACACAGGAUGAAGGUUAAUAUUCAAAACAGGAUGUCAUGAACGAAUUAGUUCUGUAAAUGUAGAGUUGAUUUAACAUCAGCAAGUUGAAAUGAUUUACUUUGUGGUUAUGGAGAAAAACCACCUCACCCUUUAGAGAUAGGGAAUGCGCAAGAAGGAAGACUCCAACAUCCAUUUCUGAUGAAACUCAGCAAACUAGAAAGACUAUAAAUUUAUGACUUUGCAUGACUUUCUGUAUAAAUUUACAUAUUAAGGACAUCUUCCAUUAAGAGUCAUGUAUACUUUUAGAUAAACUUCAUCUAAAAGUCAUCCUCACCAAGAAGACAGAAUGGUCCAAUUCCCGCUCCUGGUAUUUAACAGCAGGAAAGUGAUGCUGGUGAGGAAAAAGUGUGGCUGGCUGACCGAAACCCAUGGGUAAAAACAUCCCCACCUUCCAGCACCCACAGCACCCACUCAAAAGGCAGGAGAAUGAACAACCAUAACAACUACGAGCAGGUUUCAGCGGCACGGGGGCACGCGGGUACUGCCUCCCUGGAGGGAUGCGGGAGUCAAUGCCCAAGUGGGCAGAGUUCACGUGAGCACUGGGGUUGCUGCAAAAGGGUGAAGUACCAGAUCCAGCGUGGAGUGGAACGUGCCCCACACGUUCUGGACACAGUUCAGGGACAAUGCCCAGGGGUGAUCAUCAACUGUGGACUUUACCUUGGGCAGAGGGAUGGUCACUGCUGGUGGGGUCCUUUCAGCUUCUACACUUGACACACUAUAUUUUUUUCUUUUUGGGUCACACCCGGCGUUGCACAGGGUUUACUCCUGGCUCAUGCACUCAGGAAUUACUCCUGGCAGUGCUUGGGGGACCAUAUGUGGGAUGCUGGCAAUCAAACCCAGGCAGACGCCCUACCCGCUGCACUAUUGCUCCAGCCCCAACCAACUAUAAUAUUUCAAAGCAGAAAGUCAAUGGACUUCAUUUCCAUUUUCAUUGUUUUUUCCUUUUAUUUUUUGGUGUUGGGGAGGUGGGACCAUACCUGGUAGUGCUCAGAGGUUCUUCUCAGUGGGGCUCAGGGGAACAUGCAGUGCUGGGGAUGGAAUCGGGGGCCCGCACAAGUAAUGUGUGUGCCCCAGACUUUGGAGCACUUUUCCUCAGUCCCUUUAUCUCACUUUUGUUUAUUUAUUUUGCUUUUUGGGUCACACCCAGAAAUGCACAGGGGUUACUCCUGGCUCUGUGCUCAGGAAUUACCCCUGGCGGUGCUAGGGGGACCAUAUGGGAUGCCGGGGAUUGAGCCUGGGUCGGCUGCAUGCAAGGCAAAUGCCCGCUGUACUAUGGCUCCGGCCCUUAUCUCACUUUUAAAAGCAGUGUGCCUUCAUUUCAACAAGCAGCAGUUGGAAGACAGUGGAUAAAGCUCAUUUCUAAAAUUGCCAGGUAGUGGCUUGGUCUGCAAGCCCACUUUCUUCCGAGAACACGGAUCUCGCUGGCUUAUCUGUUUUUUUGCUUGCCUAUUUUCAUUCCGGAGAAGCCUGUGUUCUCUUUUUCUCUCCCUUCUCUUCUUUCUUUUUUUUUUAUUUUUUUUUCUUUUUGGGUCACACCUGGCGAUGCACAGGGGUUACUCCUGGCUCUUCACUCAGGAAUUACUCCUGGCGGUGCUCAGGGGACCAUAUGGGAUGCUGGGAAUCGA